AGUCGCAUGCUGUGGCCCUGUCGCUACCCUCUAACAAGUCCUACACUGUGCAUUUUCUGUUUCAUUUGUCAACAAUUCCUUAUAAAAAUCCCAUCCAGGAAUUGGGACUGCGAGUGCACCAGCAGGAUACGUCACUUCCUGGAGAAUAACAACACAACAAGAGAGGAGAUGUGUGUCUCGUUCUGCUUGCAUGAACUAGCUAGCGUGCACUAGCAUUUCAUGACCACAUAAUAGUUAAUUUCCAUUCUAUGCCGUGACCAUUUGGGCAAAUUAGCGGAUGGGAAGAACAAUUGUUUGGAGGACAAUAGGUAGUCAAGUGACAUGUCGUAUUUUUACAUUGUUACUGGGUGUGAAAGAUUUGAAAACAACGGGAAAUUGCUUCAAUGCACAAAGGGAGUCAAAAUCGAAUUUGCUCUGCGUGUACAAACCAUUUCUAUGGUACAAACCCCCGUUCACACUUUUGGCGCGCAAAACAUCAGUUGGUUGUAACAACACCAACAGCAUUGGACUUAUCAGGCCCUUUCCCGCCCCAAAAUUAAUUUCGAUCGAUUUACCAAAUUAUUUUUCGAAUCAUAUGCCCAUUUUGAUAUGUUUUAAAGGGUGUUCAGCCGCUUAAUAGCUUGUUCUUAAGUUGUUCAGCCUGUUCAUGGAGUGUUCAGUCUUUUAGAAUCGACGUAGAACAAUAGGCUAUAGCCAGUUUCCAGACCAUCCUUCUUGUGCCCUGGCUCUUAGCUAAUCGGCCGUGACGGGGUGGGCAUCCUGUUCAACGUACAACAGUAGCUUCGCGAACAAAAUUCGGAAGGUAUUUUGUUUUUAUUCAAACAGGUACGUCAAACAUCCAUAUCUACUGUAUGGUAGCAAAUAUGGGGGAAAAUAAAUCAUUUUCAGAAACCUACUCGCGACUUUCGACAUCAUUUCAAGGAGCUCACGCUAAGGUCCUAGUAGAUCGAAUAAAGAUUUCUGAAAACAGCAAUGUGUUAGAAAUUGGAUGUGGAACCGGGGCAACUGCAGCAUAUCUGGCUCGAGAUGUGGUCAGGAACGGAACUGUAACUGGCUGCGAUCCUCAAGAGAACAGAAUCCGCGUAGCCGCUGAGAAGUACUCGGACAUAGAAGGACUGGAGUUUAUAAGAUGCACUGGAGUUGAAGCUUUGAAGGGUAGAGAGCAAGCCUACGAUGUUAUAUUUACCAAUUAUGUACUCCAUUGGAUGAAUGAGGAGGAAUUUGAGGAGACAAUGAGGCUAAGCUUUGUUGCAAUGAAAUCGGGGGGAUUUGCAGCCCAUAAUGUUACUGAAGAGGUCCCUGCAAAUAUAGUUAAGGUGGUUGCGAAUUCAAAUCCCGAAGAUUUGAAGAGGCUUUAUGAAAUAGGAAAGCCAAUCAGCCUUGAAAGGCUUGUGGAUGUAUCAGCAAAAGUGGGCUUUAAGGUUGUAGACUCAGGUCGGAUUCCAAGAUUAACAAAAUUUGAUGAUUUGAAAGAGUAUCUACGUUUACUGGAUGCAACGCUGUACGGCAAAUUUGGUAUUGAAGAAGGGUACAUGAAAAACAGUCACAAGAUUGAUUUGCCAAAGGAUGAAGACGGGAGAAUUAUUCAUGACAGUCCUUCAGCGUUUGUUGUUUUAGAAAAACUAUGAUAUAAACACGUGAACACGAGGCUUUAGGCUUUAAGUAAAGAAAAGCACCUAACAAAGUUACUGAAUGAGAGCACAUUAACGGAUGAUUUGCUUAUCCAUUUGCUUUGAUCUGCUUGUCUACUUUUAUGCAAUAAAACCAUCACAUUUUUUAUCAUGGUCAUAGGUACGUAUUUCAGAAUGUUAUGAGAUGUAAUGAUUUCUUGACUGAACAGCGUGAUUAAUUGUCAUUACGCCCCAAACAAAAUACUCAAUACGAAUAAUGUGCUUUUUUGUGCCAGGACUGAGCCUGCGUACAUUCAUUUCUUCUUCAUUUUCCUCUGCAAUCAGUGGCAGCGCCAACUACUUCAGAGUGGGAGGGUAAUGCAGAGGCGGAUCUAGGGGGGUGCUAUGGGUGCUUGAGCACCGGUCAGAAUUUUCAGAGAUAUAACAUUCAAUGCAUUUUCUCUAAUCUCUGAAAAACGUCUUGAAUCCUUUUAGAUGAUGUAAAUGCAUUUUCCAGUAAACUAAUGACAUACGGUCAUGCGUUAGUUAGCAUAACCUGUAUCUGCUUUAAACUAUAAAUAGCUAGAAAUUUCAUGUUGAGCUGCCCUGGAACCAAUUUUUUUACUUGUCCAUCAAACCACACUCUCAGCCAAUGAGCUACUUCAAUUCUACGGGUGCUUGAGCACCCCUAUCAAUCCACCCAUAAGGUCAAAGUUGCAACUGAGCCAAUCACAUCACGCUCUGAUAUGUUUUUCCACAAUGUCGAGCACCCCUAUCAAUGAAAACAAGGCUUCAACCAAUCCGUUUGCAAAAUUUUGGCUCAUCUGAGCACCCCUAUCAAUCAUUUAAUAUACACUGGUGCAUACCGUCACUGAAACGACUAAACCUGUUCGUGUAGCAGCAAUGGCGGACAUAAAGUCGUUGCUGUUGCAGGUGUUCUCGAUUAUUGGUUGCCAGUCGGCUGAAGAAAUUGAAACGGAAAACGAGCUUUUGAGUAUUCAGUCAAUCGUGAGAGAAGUUUUUGAUAAGAGCCUGGUGGAUGGUGUCGUGAUUUGUGGGAAUACACAGAUCGAUGAGUUCGCUGAACUGCAAAUGCCAAAGGUUAAAGUACUGUCCCGUGGAAGUUCUGACCUUCGGCCUUUCAGGUUGGUAGUUUCCUUUACCAGGCUUUAAAUGCAAAACGUUUUAACAGAAUACUUUUUGGAUUAAUUUGACAAAAAUAUCGAAUUUUACAGAGAAAAUUGCGCACCCCCAAAAAAAUUGUGCCAAGGAUUUUUGGUUGUUGGGGUGGUAUGGUAAUUUCUACCAGAAUGAAUUCGAUACCUAUUUCUUGCCAAAUGCAGAUGACCCCAAAAACGUACUACUUCAACACAAGGUACUUAGUAAAACAAUCAAUUUUUAUCAACAAAUUCUUACAAGUAUUGAUUUAAAGGCAUUCAGUCAUGGUAAAUAGGCCUUCUCUAUAGAGGGUCAUUUGGAUUCGGCGUGAUCUGUAAAACUACUAAGUUUUACAGGGCAGAUAAAGAUCAUAAACCAGACUCCAGUUCGCAAUAACGUUUUUUAAAUCAAGAUUCUUCAAUAGUGAAAGUAUAAAUUAGCAGCAACCAACGAUUACAACAUAACGACUUCAUUCAACGACAACUUCGACUCGACUGGACUUGCUCUCAAAGAACAUACGCUUUUAACAACAUGAGUGACGCACACAAAACCCUAAUGACACAAAUUAACAGCAAAUGGACUAAUAACAACUAAAAUAGAGAUGGCACGAUGACAAACAAAAUGACUGACGCAAACAUCGAAAGACAUUCUCAUUAACAAUAACGAACCACAAACACUAUGCACGACAGACAAAACUAGUUGUAUAACAUUACUCCCUCCUUCAAAGACAAGCCUCCUGGCUUGAAUUAUUCAGAGA